AUGGUGACUUUAAGCAACCUGACAUCUCCAUUUCCAACCUUCUACCUCAUUGGCAUCCCAGGACUUGAAGGAUCCUAUGUCUGGAUCUCCAUCCCUUUCUGUUGUCUCUAUGCUAUUGGUCUUUCAGGAAACAGCAUGAUCCUGUUUGUCAUUUUCACAGAGCAGAGCCUGCAUGAGCCCAUGUAUUAUUUCCUUUCUAUGCUAUCAGCUACCGAUUUAGGCUUGAUUGUUUCCACAAUGUCAACAACACUGAUUGUUCUUUGGUUUGACUUGAGAGAAAUCAGCUUAGAUGGCUGCAUUGUCCAAAUGUUCUUCCUGCAUGGGUUCACAGUUAUAGAAACUGGUGUCUUGGUGGCCAUGGCUUUUGAUCGCUUUGUGGCUAUCUGUGACCCUCUGAGAUACAACACCAUCCUCACCAAUGCCAAGAUCCUUCAGAUUGGUCUGGUAAUAUUCAUGCGCAUGAUAGUAUUGUUGUUGCCCACACUUUGGCUGCUAAAACGCUUGUCAUUUUGUAAAAUGAAUGUGCUCUCCCAUUCCUACUGUUACCACCCUGAUGUGCUCAAAUUGGCAUGUUCAAAUACCAAACCCAAUAGCUUCUGGGGCUUAACUGGACUUAUCUUGACUACAGGGAUAGAUAUACCAUGUAUCAUCAUCUCCUACAUCCUGAUCAUCCGUUCUGUCCUUAGUAUUGCAUCAUCCACAGAGCAGUACAAGGCUUUCAGCACAUGUGUAUCCCAUAUUGGAGCUGUUGCCAUCUUUUAUAUCCCUCUGAUUUCUCUGUCUCUGGUGCACCGCUUUGGCCAGUCAUCUCCUAAGAUUGUAUUAACAAUGAUGGCCAAUAUCUACUUAAUCCUUCCACCUGUGCUCAACCCUGUUAUCUAUAGUCUGAAAACUGCACAGCUUCGAGAGAAUAUGAAUAGGGUAAAUAGCAUGGAGAGCAUAUAG